AUGCGCCUUUCUAAUUCUGUUGAAGACACGUCAUGGUUUUCCGAAUGGUUGCUUAAUAUUGGUGAUGCAAAAAUUGGCAAAUUGCAAGAACAGUGUUCUGAUGCAAAAAUUGUCACUAUCCCUGAUCGACUUGCCAUCCAACCUUCUAAGUCAGUGCUAUCUGAUCUAAUAGACUUUGUAUAUUCCAAAGAAAUACUUCAGUCCCCAACCGCUAUUAACAUAUCCAACCGAGCCAUCAUUUGUCCAAGAAAUGAUACAGUUGAUGAAAUCAAUGAACUGAUAUUGAAUAAAUCUCCUGGUAUACUCCGAACAUAUCUCAGCACCGACUCUAUGAUUCUGCACUCAAAAAACAGCGGUGUUACAGAUCUUAUGUAUCUAGUAGAUUACCUUAACUUGCUGAAGUUCCCAAGAAUACCACACCAUUCUCUCAUGUUGAAAAAAAACACUCCUGUGAUGUUGUUGCGCAACAUUGAUCAGAAAAACGGUUUGUGUAAUGGUACUAGAUUGUUAAUAUCACAAUUAUUACCUACCGUAAUAGAAGCCCAUAUAAUCACCGGAACUUAUAUUAAUCGUAGAGUAUAUAUAGCUAGAAUAACAUUUGUCUACAAUAGCAAAGAAUUACCUUGUGUCUUUAAACGACAACAGUUUCCAUUAUUGCUAUGCGAUGACCAUUAA